AUGGCAUCGGCUGUUCCACUUCCCAGCUAUCCGGCCGGCUCUCACCACUGGCUAAAACAAUUUCAGGAUUCUGAUCUCAAGUACACAGUAAAUGGAGAUUCGCAGUCAAAGGACCUUGACAUCGCCAUAAUCGGGGCUGGGGUCGGUGGGCUCUCAGCAGCGAUUGCGUUGAAGAGAGUUGGUUUUAGAGUGACCGUGUACGAGAACGCUCCUGCAUUGGGUGAGAUCGGAGCUGGGAUCCAGGUGCCGCCCAACUCAGCACGGCUGCUCCAUUCCUGGGGCCUGGAAUCCGCGUUGAGCAAGAACUCAGUCAAGCCCGAGGGCCUGAUCUGGCGACGAUGGCAGAAUGGCCAGAAAAUCGCCCAUACCCGUCUGAACCCUGAGUUCUCGGAAUGGUUCGACGCGCCGUAUUAUGUGAUCCAUAGAGCUCACCUGCACGACAUUCUCCACCAGCGGGCGAAAGAACUCGGGGUUGAGGUGGUAUUGAAUCAUAGAGUCGUUCAGUACGACCCCGAUACACCGUCCUUCACCAAGGAGGACGGGACGACCCUGACGGCGGACCUCAUCAUUGGCGCGGACGGUCUGAAGUCCAUUGCACGACGAACCUUGCUGGGUGAGCGUUACACCGAGCCUUUCUCGGGUGGGUUGGCCGCCUUCAGAGCAACGGUUAAAAUCGACGAGAUGAAGGCCGACCCGGACACGGCGUGGAUCGCCGAAAGCAACAGCCUCAACCUAUGGGUCGGGCAUCAAACUCAUGCCAUGACAUAUUCGAUUGCAGGGGGUCGACUGUACAAUAUGGUCCUCACGCAUCCUGAGCCAAACGAGCCUGAGAAGUGGAAUCAAGCAAAUGCACUGGCAGAGAUGAAAUCAGUAUAUACUGGCUGGGAUCCUUCGUUAAGAAAGCUCCUGGAUAUGGUCGGGGAGACUCAGAAGUGGCCGAUCCAGCAGGUGAAGAUACCAGACACCUGGACGUCGUCGUCCGGUCAACUGGUCCUCCUCGGAGAUGCAGCUCAUGCAAUGCUUCCGAAUAUGGCGCUUGGCGCUGCAAUGGCAGUCGAAGACGCCGCAACCCUCGCCGAGAUCCUCAAAGAGUUUCCUCGUAGAGAAACUCUGAGGAAGGCUGUGAGUCUUUACGAGAAGAUACGCAUCCCCCGUGCCAAGGCAAUCCAAGAAGCCAGUAUCUUACACGGUUACACGCUACAUUACCCGGAUGGGCCGCUGCAGGAAGCUCGUGACACGGCGAUGAAGCCAGAGGUCGAGGGGAAGCACUUUAUCAGGUCGCCCAACCAGUGGAGUGACCCGGCCACACAGCUAUUUUGUUACGACUACGAUACCAUAAGCGAAGUGCACAAGGAGUUACAGCGUCUGGAGAACGACAAGCUGGCAAAAUGA